UGCAGCAAACUUUCUUUCCUGGUAAUUUCUUGAACAAACAACGAAAGAUGAACCUCUUUGCUGUGCUAAUUUAUCUUUAACGUUUCGGUUUUUCGCUGUAAUUCUUAUCUCUGCGAGUAAUAUAUGGACACAAUCGGAGCUGCAAGCACGCGGAGAGGAGCUAAACAGCGACUGAUUGUAGGUACUGCCGUUCAGUAUUUGUUGUUUGUACAUAUUUGUAUAAGGAGUAUGGCACUAAUCGUAUCGUUACUGAUAUGCUCAUCUUUGAUAAUUGUUCAGAAUUCACGUGAGGUUGUCACAAACGCAUUCGCAUGCAUUUAACAAUUAUAAAUCAAUCAUCAUUCCAUGCUCCCUGGAUCACUGAAAUACCAGGAAUGUCAGCACCGUAUUUUCUGGAUCUGAAAUCUAUGAACCGCGUGUUUCGGCAUUACGAAAAAAUGUUUCCAAGUCCCCCUUCCCAACGGAGAAUGGCAAAGUUUACAAAGCGGCAAGAUAUCCCCGCCUUGUUGAGCAAACCGAUAAUCUGGCAAUUGUUAUCUAUCAGUUAACGAUUUGGCGAUAACUGAUAUCUCGCCUUAGUAAUAUUGUCGCACUGACACGAAACACUGUUCAAUUCUCAUCGCGUGUAGUUCUGUUCUAUGAUACGGUCCUUGUAACAGCCUCGUUUUAUUCCUCCUCCAAGGUGAGGCGAAAUCUGUCCGAUCAGUCAUGGAGGAGGAAGACUUUGGGUUCAUGAAAAGAGACCUGAAGGUUCUGCAAAACGUUAUGGUCGCGUCUGCAGGGACUGAACCAGGCUCGAAUGACCGGGGCACAGGUGCAGAUGACCGUGACGAUUCGGCGAAGGUAAAUGUGGGCGAUAGCGCGUUGGGGUCGAGGGAGGGAAGCGGUGGUGCAACGUCGGAAACAGGAAGUGAGCCCAGGGCCAAAGGUGUAAUGGGCGAGUUGUCAGUCGGUCGUGAACCUCCGAGCAUCCCGAACGUGGUCGAGUAUCAUCUGAAAGUGAAAACAUCGUCGAGUCCGAAUAGAGUCCAUUUUGCCGGAAAACAAGGCGAUCAGGACACGGACGGCGACAGGAGAGACUCGAACUCGUCGAGCAAGACUGACAGCAAGUUAAGUCAGGAGCUGACGAAGAUGGCGCUGGAAAAUCGAGGACUCGAGGCGUCCGGCGAACUGCCCCAAACAUUUCAAGUCAAAUAUCUUGGGUCCCACGACGCGAGAGGCCUCUGGGGCAUAAAGCACACCCGGAGACCAGUCGACAACAUGGUUACAGCGGCGAGAGCCUUACCGGCCGGCACGAUACUGCCGUUUAUAAAACUGAUCGUCAGCAAGGACGGAGUCGCGCUUUUACCGCUCGGUAAGAAACGCCACGACGCUGGGAUAUCGAAGAAAUUUUCAAUCGACACGAUUUCGUACGGAGUUCAAGACCUCGUUUACACCAGGGUGUUUUCCAUGAUCAUCGUCAGGGACGUCGGGCAAAAUCAGGGAAUUUCACCGUUCGAAUGUCACGGAUUUGUUUGCGAGUCACGGCACCACGCGAGGCAGCUCACCUACGCGCUUGCCACUGCAUUUCAAAUUUACAGCAUAAAUGUUAAGGCGCAGGGGAAGGCUGAGGAGACUGCUGGUAACAUAAAGAAGAGAUUCGCAAUCGACCUCAGAAGUCCCGAAGAAAUCGAAGCUGCACUCACGGCAGACUCCGAAGCGUGAAUCAAAAUUUUUUAUCCAACUUUUAACGUACCUAGUUCUUUACUCGACGUUGCGACGUAUCUAUUACGCGAAACUUAACUUGCGUAAUGAGAUUUGAACUCUACGUCCGUAUAAAGACAUCAGCUUUAAUUUCACAUGCACCGUGGAUCUUUCCUAGAAUCCAAAAUCAGAGGGAAUCUUGGGUUCGGUUAUUUUAGUGAUUAAACACAGUGCGAUCAAUGCCAGUGACUAAAAACCAUACGUUAAAUACGAUAGUAGUAAUCUUCAGUUUCGAUAACCGAGUAAGAACCUUUCCUAGCACAUCUCAGACAGGAAAGUUUAACCACGCGAAUUUCCUCAACCCUGCAGAAAUAAAUAAUUCUAUGUAACUCAAAAUUCACUGGUCAGGGUAUUUGUGGUUUGGAUUUUUCUAAUUCGGACGACACCGUUUGCAUAGUCAAAUAAGUCUGUCAAAUUUUGAAAAUGCAAUGGUUGUUGGUCAUUUUCCCAAUCAAAGAUUGAGAGUUCUUCGGCUAAUGACUUAGGAAAUGGCGGUCUCUGUUGUUCUUGUACUAUGAAACUGAGGCUCUGAAGGCGCGGAUAAUAUUUGGCAAAUUUGAACGCCUGUCCAAUGUAUGUACCUUUCUAGCUGUACCUUAUGUUUUCAGUAUUCCAUCACCCACCUGUUGAUAUACUAUUAUACAUAUAGUACCAUAUAAAUUAUUUGUUGUACCUUUAUGCCUAUUCAACCACGAUGACUAGUGUUAAGUAAUGUACCUUAUAUUACAUGUAUAAAAAUGAAUAAAUUUAUUUAUAUACCUAC